AUGGGGAGGAAUAAGAGGACGAUUCGGAGGACUAAUAAACAGCUAUUAGUUGAACAGCCGCUGAAGAGAGCGCUAUCACAGACUGGUCUGAAAGGCAACGCCAGCACUGGAUUUGGCUCCAAGUCCUUCAAACCCGUGACAAACACCGCUCUUUCAACCGAUUGUUUGGAACUGCAGACGAAUGUCGGAUCAGCUCAAGACAAUGUCACAAAUGAUGAACGAUUGGACAGCGAUUGUAUCGACCAUUCGCUGACUCGCGAACCAAUCAAUUUGGGCGUUAAAAAUGUUCAGCAAAUUCUCAAUUGUAUUAAAGACUCUUCACUUGAAGUGAAAGACUUGAUCCUAAAUGAGUGUAAUAUCAUCUAUGAUUCCACAGAGAAUAUCAAUCCAAAUAAUAAGUCAAAUAAGGAGUCAAUUGUAUCACAAAAAUUGCAAUUUAUUGACAAAUGCGUUGAGAAAGUGGACGAAGAGAAACAAAGACAGGAAGAGUGCAAACAAUUGGAUCUUCAAUUGACGACAAUUAAGACAAAUCCUAACGCAAUGUUUCAAAAGAUUCAAAGCAAUGAACUGAACGGCGAUUGCAAUCAAACAAUUAUCGACAAAAAGAAAAUCCUUUGCGAUCUUCUUAAGGAAGCAAAGAAUUCCCGACAAUUGGAGUCAAGUGUGAGUCAAACCAUUAAAAGACAGAGAAUCGAUGAAAUCCUUCCACUAAACGAUGAUAUGUCGGAUGAAAAUCGUAACAAAAGUCCAACGAAUGAGACUCUUAUGUGUGAUAUUUGUGACUCGACUUUCACGUCAACCAAGACAUUGAGAGUUCACAUGAAGACAAUCCAUUCGUCUAAUCGACUCGUAUAUCCGUGUCCUCUCUGUUCGCUGGCAUUCAAGCAGUUGUCAAACGCGACCAGACAUUUGAUUCAGAUUCAUAAACGAACCAAAACUCAGGCCAACAGUUUGAAAGAAGUCAUGAAAGUUAGGGCUUAUUCCACGAAUAGCAGUGAAAACAGCUCUGAAGUCGAAGAUAUGAGCGAUGAAGAGAUGGAGGAAGAGGUUGCAGUAAAUAGCAGUAACAAUGUGUCGGAUAAGUGCAAUACCCGAUCGGUUGGCAAUGAGAACUCGAAGCCGUCGGCGCCGAGAGUGAGCACUGCCUGUCAGUACAAAUGUGGUAAUGUGUUUGAUUGGGCGCCGGCCAAGACAUCGCACGAAAAGAGUUGUCGUAAACGAUUGCAAAUACAGAAUCUCACAAACGGUGUCUCAAAAGCCCAUAAAAUCAGUUCCCAAACGCAGUCAGAAUGCGAUUCAAGCCAAGAGUUAUCAAUAGUUCCUAACAUUUCAAACCAUACCUCCAACGCCUCAUCCAAUGUCUCUAUGAAUUCAUAUACAAAUCUAAUUCUGCCGAACAGUAUUGAGGAGCAAAUCAAAGAGUUUACAGAUCUUAAGUCACUUCAAUGCACACACUGUCCGACGCAGGACUUUAUGAAUUUGAAUCAAUUACUGCAACACGCGGUCACACAUAUUGGGUUCAGUAUAUACAAGUGUCACGGAUGUGCUUACCUUUCCAUCUAUGAAAAUGACAUGAAAUAUCAUUUAAUGAAUAAUCACAAUAUCAAAGAGCAAAUGAUUGGCAAACACUACCAAACAUUGCCUGAUUUCAAGCAACAAAGGCUUGUCAUACAUCCCAUUAAGUCGACCAAUAGUGACGAUAUCCUACAUCCGGAUACUUCAGAUUCACCCGAAAGGCCUGAACGCAAUACUAAGCUUAAGAUCCAUUUAAGACCGAGUGCUUCAAAAUUAGGGCACACCUCCAAAAAGUGCUACGAAAUUGUCGACAAAUAAAUGAUUUUAUAAUUCAAAUUUUAAAAACUUGUUGACAU